CACCUUUUAUUAGAUAUAUAUUUACUCGAACAUUGUUUUAGAUGCUAUUCUUUGAACUGCAUUCACAAUGAAUUUCCACAUUUUCGCGGCGUUAAUUUUGUUUAAUUCUUAUUUAUCUAAUUGUUCACCAGCUCCAGAUUCAAUAUGUAAUAAAAAAGCUUCCUACAUAUUUACAGAGCCCACAGGAAAUAUCUACAGUCCUGGUUAUCUCUCCAACUCAUCAUAUCCAGAAGAUCUUGAUUGUAAAUGGACUAUUCUCGUCCCUACGAGUGAAUAUCUAAGAAUCAAGAUUGUGGAUCUGGAUUUGGACGAGGCGAUUAGCUGUGAAGGUGAUAGCUUGACUUUUAAUGUGCUAUCAAACAAUGAGAGGGUUACAGUUAAACGAAUAUGUGGGACACAGAAACCUCAUGAUUUCUUAAUUUCAGGCUUUCCUCUACUUUCAAUCGAGUUUAUAAGUGACUAUAUUUUCUCAGGACGAGGUUUCCAUAUUUCAUGGUCAACUCAGAAAAAGGUUAACCUAUGCAAACCAAAUGAAUUUCAGUGUAGUCUUGGAAACUGUGUACCUCUUUCGACCAUCUGUAAUGGUAAAUUUGAUUGUGAUGAUGGGUCAGAUGAGUUAAAAUGUCCCAAAAAAACAACUGCCGAGUAUACCUGUGGAAAUACAAAGAUAAAUCCUGAUACAAGUGGAUACACUUUCAGAAUCCUUGGAGGUGAUCCAGUUAUUCCAGGAAGCUGGCCAUGGCAAGCAGAUUUACAACUUUCAAUUAUGUGGCCAUCUGGACAUUUUUGUGGUGGUGCUUUGAUUCAUCCACAAUAUGUGUUAACUGCUGGUCAUUGCAUUGCUGCAUAUCCUAAACCUGAGUUAGUGAGAGUGGUACUGGGCAAUCAUAAUUCAUUCAAGAAGGAUAACUUCGAACAAAUUCGUUUGGUUGAUUCCAUAGUAACUUACAAUGCUACACCUCCAGCAUUUGAUUUUAUCAACGAUAUUUCGCUGAUAAAACUAAAAGUUCCAAUCAGCAUAUCGGAUGGAGUAAAUCCUGUUUGUUUAGCCGAUUCGUUAAAACCACUAAAGACUGGGACUAAAUGUUACGUUACUGGUUGGGGCUCAACUCAUGGAACUGGAAAUAGUGGAAUUCUUAAGCAACUUCCAGUCGAAAUAGUAGAUUUGAAAGAAUGUGCUGAUGCCAUAAAUGAAGCUGGUGAAGUCGAUUUAGAAGGAAAAGGUCAAGUUUGUGUAAGAGCUGGAGGAGGAGGCACAGGAGUUUGUAGUGGUGACUCUGGUGGACCAUUAGUUUGUCAAGUUGAUAAUCAAUGGUAUCUUUACGGAGUAGCCAGCAAAGUUACACGGGGAACAAUACUUGGUCCGAUUUGUGGCGAGGGUAAAGGUAAUGCAGUAUACGCAACUGUUGCAAGUAAACUAUCUUGGAUCAGGGAUGUCAUGAAACAACUUGAUCAAAUGCCUUGAUGCUUAAAGCUCUUAUCUAUUAUUGGCAAUUGUUUAAAUGCCAAAAUGUUGCCAUCAAUUGAAAAAAAUAUGUAGUUGUAAGAAAUGAAUAAAGAAGUCAUUAUAUUAAAAAUGGA